CUCGAAUCCAAGACCAGUAAACGGGACAGCUAUAGCCGCCGAGUUUCCCCUUGUUCAGCCUGCCUUGCUGGCAGCGGCAACCGAAACUAUUGAUUUUCACGUCUUUUGUCUAACAUUGGCCAAUCGGUGCCGUAUUCUUGCUCGUCAUGUUCUCCACCAAGUCCGUCCAGUCGCUGAGGAAGCUUUUCGCCGGAUAUCACGAGCCCCUACCUAUAUCCAAGCAGCAGUCGCAGAAGCUCCUCGAUGGCAUCAAAGCAUCCUUUCGUAGCCAAUUAGACCGCGAAUAUGGACGCUCUUCCUCUGAUCACGCCCCUACGCCAGCCAAAUCUGGAGACACCAACCCUCAGGCUCGCCGGUCCGCUGCGUCUUUGCAUUUGAAAUCCGUGCUAUCCAAUCCUCUAUUCAGCUAUAACAACAAAGAAAAUGCUUCUCCCCUGCCAAAGGGGCUGUGGGUGCCGGAUCGUGAUCCGAUGGACGUAUUUGACCACGCCGUGUCCAGGGGUAUGAUGACGCUCAAGGCUGCUACAGGCUGUCUGGUGGCCAAAGAGCAGCAGUUGUCAAGUGCCAUGGACGCGAAUAUUCCAGCUGCAUCUUCAGAUACUGCCCUGCGAGUCGUUCGAUGGCUUCGAUCAUCUGGGGCAGAGAGCAACUUCCUCUUUCUGGACAAUGCAGCCUUUGUUCGGGCGCUUGUGCCUUUCCUCAUCGCUGAAAAUAUGGAGGCAGUGGCUUGGGAAUGGAUCACGCGGACUAUGAAUGAGUCCAAAGACAUCAGCGAAGAGCAGCGUAUCGCUCGUGCGUCUUCUUUGCUGUCUCAAAUCGUCCGCAUCAAGAGCCAAGCCCAGUAUGGUAACCUCGAUGCUGCUAUACAGACGAUCCUCGAAGCAGAGCAGCUCUUCCAGCACAACCCUUUGCUACCGAAAUUGCUGAUUCAGCCGUGGAGAUCAGUGUCAUGGCUAUCUACUGUAGAAUCAUACAGCAGAGAAAUGCCAACAGAAAAGCUGUUUGAAGCUCAUUUGGCUACGGCUGAUCGCCUAUCACGGCCAUUCCCUGUAGAAAUGGCACAUUUGCACCUAUACCACCCAACGCAUCCGGAUCACCUCCCUGCCGUGGAAUUCUUCAACGAUAAGAAGAGGCUGCGCAAGCUGGUGCAGGCCUUGGGUCCCGAUAAGCUGAAUCUUACAAAGUUUACGGGCAUGGGCACCAUUCCAUGGAUUGCCUUCUUGGGUCACGACACGGUCAAUCACUUGAAGCAAUCCGGGAGAAGUGAAGAAGCACGAGGCAUCACGCAGUUGUUACGAUCAGAGUUGUCUGACAUUUUUUCUGAAACUUUGACACCAGCAUGAAAGCAAAGCAACCAUGUUGCGAGAGGAUGUUGUAUUUUGCAUAUAACUUUUGUAUUAUAUCUAUCAUGUCAAGGGAAAGGCGCAUUCACGGGACGGAUUACGGAGAAUAUCAUAGCAUUUAGAUACCCAAGCUCAAUAAAAAAAAGGCUGA